AUGCGUUCAACAGAAGUUGUUCAAUUACUAAAACAACAACAACAACAACAACAACAACAGCAACGUCAACAACGACAACAACAACAACAACAACAAAAGCAACAAUAUAAUUCUUGUUUUCCAACAUGUAAAAUACCAGAUAAACGUGAUUUCAUGGAUUCAAAUCCACCACGUACAACUGAUGAUUUCUAUCGUUAUUAUGAUCCAUGGAUUGGUAUUGGAACAGCAAUUAUUCUAGCUUUAUUCUUUAUUCUAAUUGCAUUUAAAACAUUUAUGACAUGGCUUCUACGAAGGAUCACAAUUUGGCGUUAUCAAUAUCAAAAAUAUCGUGGAAAGCAACAAAAAAUGAAUAAUAAUCAUUUGAUUAAUCAUCAUCUUAUCACUGAUACAACAAUUACUACUGAAAUUGUUGAUAAUGGACAUAUUAUUAUUAGCUAA